GCGUUGUCAUGGUAACCCAAGAGGAGCGAAGACGCCCUCUCCACACUGUUAGCGAGAGUGUAGCUUACACGAACCAUGACUCCACACAAAAUCAGUCGCAUUUCUUCGGCAAACAGAGACCCCGAGGAGGAAGAAAGUGCCCCCGUGAGCAUGUUUGAUGUGCGCAACGGGGACAUGAGCGAGAGGAUUGUGGUACAGCGGAUGAUAGUGAUCGCUCGCCUCCGCCCCGAUCUUGCUGACAGGACAGAAUUGGGAGCUCAUCACAAAAAACUCAACUUUCAGCUCAGCAAAAGGUACACGUUGGAUAACACGACGGGCCUGCUGUUGAUUUAUCCAUCCUGUCUGCUACAUGUCAUCGAAUCAUCUGGGGACGUCCUGGUCUCGGUUUUGAGAGACCUGACAGACAUGCAACAACAGCCAGAUGGUGCCCUUGUGGAAGCUUCCAAGGUCGUGUUCAUGGCACAUAACCUUCAAAGCAGAAUGUUCCACCAGUGGAGCUACAAGGUGCUCGAUGCCGAUCAGGGGAACAGACUGGAAGAGGAAGAGAGCACGGAGGCUUUGGUCUGCAGCCUCCUGUCGGCGCUGCAGAAACUGAGCGAACACCUUCCAGCAUCUCCGAAGCCCGAGGCUGUUCCUGGGUCGGCGGUCGGAGGGACUCCGGAGCCGAGCGUCCCUCAGGCGGUUCUCAUGAAGCUGCUGACACGAGACGAGCUGCUGACUCCACAGCAACACCUGCAGAUGUUCAACUCGCCCUUAAACAUCAGCAUGGAUGCCGGACAAGUCGUACGAAGCAGUUGCCUCAAUACAGUUUAACCCUUUGGACAGAAGGUCAAAGAAUGUGUUUGGCCUUCAACAAAGCACCUCGGACGAGACUGAUGGAGAAAUCACUACAACAGUUUUAUAUCGGCAAAUUAAUGUCACGAGUUUUUCUUUUUUGCUGUUUUUCAAAAAGCUUCCUCCUGCUCCAAAAUAUCUCUUCAUGUAAACUUGUAUGAGUGAAAUAACAUUGAAUACCACAUUUACAACAAGAGCACAGAAAAGCCAAGCAAUAUAAAAAAAACAUUUUUAAUAGUUUCAACAUUCGGAUGAGGUUACUUUUAUUUCUAUGUUGCUUUACACUGUGUUCCGCUUGGUGAAGGCAUUUCCUCUUUACGCCAAACAUUUAUAAAGAGUCCACAGCGUCACACUAGUUUGACACAAAGAACUUUGAAGUCUAAAAAGAUUCCUUCAUCACUCAUGUGUUCCCUUUUUAUUUUGGCCCCUAUUACUUUAAGCAGAAAAAGAAAGGAGGAGGAUUGUAUUGCAAUGGCUGCAUGCACCACAGUGUAAUCUACAAACUGCACGAGUAAAAACGAUCCGGUUAGGCGUGAUUCAUUUUAUCUUGCUUGCAUUGUGAUUUCAGUUUGAAAGUCCAAUAAACUUCCUUUAAAAGCAGUUUUCUAUCAUGUGAGCUGCCCUCUGUUCUGAGCCAGGUGCGCUGGAUCUUAUCUGCUACGGAAAUUUUAAAAAAGGUGAAACGUACUUUUUCUGUCUGAAUCAUGAUUGUGUCAAUAAACUGUCGAUGGAGAGUUUAACGUAAAACAUGGUUUCAGGGCAGCGCGGAAUUCUUCUUCUUUCACAAAGGUCGGUCGAUUCACUUAGAAAAAAUAAAUACAAGCACACGAAUAUAGGACCGAAGAUGAGACACAAUUCAUAGGCAUGGUUAGAAAGCAUGCUGCUGACUUUCAUACAGGACAAUGUCAAAUCAAACGCCCCCUCCCCCAAAACCGGUCAUACCACAGCUAUCUAUCACACACCCAUCACUGUCUUUUACUUGAAUCUAUUUCCACAACACACACACACACACACACGAGCCUCAUCAAUCAGCGAUACAUUCCACCUGCAGAUGAAGGAAAAGGCCUUCGUGUUUCGGGGCUCAGAGGGGAUGCCAGGAACACUGGGAAACGUCUCUGCCCCACAGCCUUAUCACUAAUAAAGAUGUGUUUGAUGAAUACUGUAUAUGUACAAUCCUGAAGCCGAAAAACCCUUUAGUACAAAAACCAAGAGCAGCACAUUGUAACACAGAAAUCCAGACACCGACAGGACAGAUCAUUCACCUCAGCGCGGAAAAAAACUUUAAAUAUUAAAAUAAUAAAUAGCAUUUCCUGUGUCAGCUGGAGGAUCAGAUUGGAUUAUUGGUGUGAACCGUAGUAGAGCUUUGAACAGAUUAUCAUUUGAUCUUUUUGAUAACUGAAUAAAUGUUAGAGUGAAUCUGUUAAAUUCUUUUGGCUAUUGACCAUCAACCAUUAUUUUGAGAGCGAAACUAAUUGAUUGCUGCAGGCUUAAAUUGUUAGAAAAAGUCAAUUAACGUCCAACCCAAUUUUAAUUUGUUUCUCAUGACAUCUUUCAUAUUUAUAAUGUGUGAUUUGUCAAACUAAAAGAGAGCAAUGCAGUCGAUUCCCUUCAGAAUGUCUUUGAACCUCUUAAACCCGACUGGAUUGUGUUAUUGUCUGUCUGUCAUUACAGCUGCAGAUUGUGGGGAAAAAACAAAGUAUUUCAUAAUCAAACAUUUUUCUUCUAAAAUAUAAAACAUGCCUCGUCGCAAUGUUGAAAAAAUUAUAAAAUGACGCCCAGGACAUCUUGAAUUUUGUCAUUGAAUGUAAUGUAACAUCAUGUAGCUGCAGAGACAUGUUGGAAAGCCAACUAAAUAAUUAAAAUGCAACAUUAUUAAACGGCGUGACAUUGUUUUGUUAGUGUAGAGCUGAAAUCAGGGUUGGAGAGGUUCAUUCUGUAAGAGAUCUCUACAUGCUGUGUCCAUUUACAAAGCCUACGUUUUACCUAAUGUUAUUUUGUGUGAAAGUGGAAUUAUUGUGCUACAACCAGCGACAAUAUACACAAUAAUAUUCUAUAAUGUUCAUUGUCAUUUGUCUUUGUCAAUACAGCAUUUUCAUGUAUAUCUAUAUAUAUAUAAUAAAAUUUCUCCCGUGUCACUAUAUACAGAACACAUAUGUACAGAUAGUCCUGUGAUUAAUAUCUUUACUUAGAAGCGGGCGGCCAUGUGGACCAAAUUAAGUCUUUCACAUCUAAAAGGCAAAGAGCAAAACUGCUGCUGACAAACGCAAACCUCACUACGCCGGUUUUAUUGAUUUCUCAGGUUUUUCUCUUUGACCUCCUGAUUCCUGAAAAGGGUUUUGGAUGCGACAGCGGGGAAAUUCUGGUCCCGCGUUUGAAAAAUUCCUUUUUUAAAUUUUUUUAAUUCCUCAGAUGAGUCACAAUCACAACUCUUCAGACCUAGUAAAAAGUAUUCAGAAAUAUAUCUGUAUAAAUACUCUCAUCAAAAUAAACACAUAUACACACGUC